UGGCAGCACAACUGUAAACAUUGAGUCUACCAUCUACAUGUAUUUAUGGUGUAUGAUUAAAAGUUGUUUUUGUUGUGGUUUGUUUGAUAAUAAAUGGAGGUAAACUUAACUAACAAGUGCUAAAAAUGGGUUGUACAUUAAGUAGUAAUGAAGAAUACUUUAGCAUUGCUCCAUUACCAUUAAAUUGCUCUUUGGAAACUUGGCUUUCUUGGAAAGAAAAUCUACAAGCUAUUAUUGCAAAUGAAAUAGAAACAGAACUGCCCAAUAAAUUAGGGUAUAAACUUGAAGAAUCGAUUGGUUCAUACGGACAAAAAAUCAUUAGAAACUUCUGUAUUGACAAUAAUCAAAGACACAAUUUUUAUAUUCUCUUGAGAAAAUUAGAUUUAUUUUUCUACUUAAAUGGUAUAAAGCGAAAUCAAGGAGAAAAAAUCGGAGACUACGUACAAAGAUUAGUGGUUCGUGCGAAUCAGUGGGGCAGCCAACGUCCACUACAAGCAGUAAAGGAGCAUUUAAUUUUCGACUUAAAGAAUAUAAAUUUCUUAAAUACAAUUUCAAAAUAUGUUUUGAUGCGAAUUGAUAUCAUGGACUUAAAAAUUUUAAAUAUCGAGGAGUUAACGUUUUUGAUAUCGGUUUAUGAUAAUCGUGAAUGCAUACAAGCAAAGAAAGUUUACUUACAAAAACAACAGACUAACAAUGGUUUUCGAUAUAAUCAAAAUUGUUGUGGACAACAACAUAAUGAACUUGAUGAAUGUAUUGCCCUUGGAAAGAGGUGUUUUAUAUGCAAUAAUUUAAAUCAUUUUGCAAGAGUAUGCCAGGCACCUUAUGUUAUGGCGCGACUUCUUAUCCCAUAUAGAUGAUUUACUAGAAUAUUUGCGAGAUAUUAUUUUAUUUCUCAAAACAUCACUUUAGUAUAAUUUUAGCUCUAAAAAAUAAUUGUAAGACAGAAUGCUUAUAGGUAAAUAAU